AGCUAGCAAAAAAAAAGAUAGCAAAACCCUAGCUCUUUCAAUCGCCCCCAACCUUCUUCUUUCCCCUCUCAAAACUGACUUACAGUCUCCCAAAUCGAACAAAACCUAAAACAUGAAUCCCCAUCACCUCCCUCUCUCUCUUAAGUUCUGAUGGAGACGAGGAAAAGGAAAAGAGAUUCAAGCGACGGCGAGCAAGGAGAGCCGCCGGCGGUUGAUGAUGACGGGGACGAAGGAAAGGGAUCAGAUAUGGAUGGCGGACAAGGGGAAAGAGCAAAGAAGCAGCAGAAAGGGAAGAGCAAGGUCACCACUGCCGGCAGGUAUGAGCUUUGCCGCGGCGACAGUGAUGACAAACAAAGG